AAAUGAAACCUCAAAUCCAAUACUAUCGAGAACAAUCAUAGAUUUUUUGGUUGGUCAUCCUUUCUCCAGUCAGUAUUUUAACAAAAAUCUCUCUCAAUUUUGUUUUCUAAUGUGGGGUAGCUAUUAUGAUAUCUUCAUGUUAGUCUUGGCAGCAGUUUUGUGAAUUACAUGUGUUGUUGAAUUUAAAUCUCCUCAGUUGUUUAUAGAUUGUUCAAAGAAAUAAAAAUGAGUAUUGAUGCAAAGGACAUUCAAAUUCUUGCGGGGAGAAUUGUUAAGCUUUCCGUGAACAUAUGCUGCGGAUUUGUACAGAACCAUCCUUUUGUUUCAAGUGUAGUGUUUUUCUUGUUUGUUCUGUACUUGUUUCUUCCUAAAGUUGUCCUUUUCUUGCUUUACUCUUCCCCAUUUCUUGCCUGCACGGCUGUCUUUAUCCGAGUUUAUCUUCAUUCGCAACAUUCGAAGACCCAAAAUGAUGUGAAGGAUGAGAAUAAGGAUCAUGCAUUUACAUCUACAAAAUCCGAGCCUCAAACAGCUGAUCUUGUUUUCGGUAGAAAUGACAAGUCUUCUGUACAAUCUCAAGCACUAUCACAUAGAAAUGUUAAAGAGAAAUACAAAGAAUUGGAAUCACAAGCACUUAUGGAGGAGAAGAACAAGGUUUCCUCAACAAUUCCUAAAGAUGAUUCCAUUGGUAGAGCUGUCCUGAAUGAAGUAAAACCAAGAGAAAUCACAGAAAAGGAUCAUGGAAAGGGUGUCUCACGCAGUGUCUUCAUUGGUGAAAAUAUUGGAGCAUUAGGUAAAGCAUCAAAGCCUAAUCUUACAUCCUUGGAUGGCUUGGAAGAGAAGGCUGCAAAAUGUGAUGGUGGUGGUAAGGCAGAGUUGGAAAACUCAAGUUCUGAAGAGGACGAUGAAGAAGAAGGGACAAAAGGAGGCAGGGGUAAGGCUGUGGAAUGGACUGAAAAUGAUCAAAAGAAUGUUAUGGAUCUUGGGAUAACGGAGCUAGAAAGAAACAAGAGGCUAGAAAGCCUAAUUGCGAGACGCAGAGAAAGAAAGUCAUUCAAAAUGCAAACAGAGAAAAUUCUUCUUAAUGUGAACAGUGGUAGUCCAAUUCCAGUCGUUCCAGUUUUAGUUGCAAGAGGCAAUCCUUUUGAUGUUCCCAAUAACCCAGAUGAACAAGUUCCUGGUUCAGCCCCUUCUGUCUUGUUGCCAACUCGGAAUCCAUUCGACCUUCCAUAUGAUCCAUUUGAAGAAAAACCCAAUCUCAUGGCAGACAGUUUCCAGCGAGAAUUCAUGGCAGCGCACCAGAGAGAGAUGCUUUUCUGCAGGCAUGAAAGCUUCACUUUGGGACCUUUUUUUCCACUGGAAGGGAAGCACAAUGAGUAUGACAUUGCAGGAAACACCAGGUUAAGAAGGCAGCAGGGUAAGGCAACCUUUUUCUUUUUCUUCCAUAAAGAAAAUCAUGACAGGCCAGUAGAUAAUUUAUUAUCCCAAAAUGGAGGAACCUUGCACCGUACUGUAAGUGUUACUGAUCUAGUAACAGAAGAAGAAGAAGGCGAAUCUUCCAACCCGGUUAGAAACCAAUCAGAUAAGGAUGGAGAAUUAGAUCACUAUAGGAUGGGAAUAGAAGGUAAAAGAAUAGAGAACACUCAUGGCAUGCAUUCAAGCUUAGGGACAGAAAGCAAAACUAAAAUGAGGACAAAUGCCAUAAAUCACAACAAAGAUAAGUCAAGCUCAUCAUCUUUACCAGAAGACAAAAGACAGAUCACCAAACCAAACAAACUUGAAGUUCUACCACCUGUUUUUAGAUUUCCUGAGGUGGUGAACAGUCCACCAAAUUCAGCUCCCUGUCCAAUUCCCAAGGCCAGAACUGUAAAUGAAUUCUCUUCUGAAGUCAGCCCAUUUACAAUUGACAGAUCAAGAUUAGAAAACCAUUUACUUUACACAAAUAAUGGGCCUUGGCAUACCCAUACCGAUUCCAUAGCUUCUGACAUGCAAGUGGAGGUCUCAGAAAUUGGUUCACCUCCAUUGACAGGAGAUGAAUCUGCUUCAUCUAGUAAUGGAGAUUCCUUGACUUAUGAUGGAGACAUAGAGAAGGAAAUUACUUCUGGCAGUGAAGAAAUGUGGGGACCCUCGCCUCAUGCACAUGAAAUGGCAAUUAGAGAAGUGAAUGAGGUAAUUGGGGAGGAUAUUGCAGGAGGCUUUUCAGGUUUCCAUAGGGAACCUCAGGAUCCAACUACAUCAGCUUCAAGAAUUGAAAUGCCUCAAGAGGGUCAAAUUCAUUCAAUUAAUUCUGAUCAUAUGAUAUUCAAUGACGUAGAACAGGUAGUUGAAGAAGUAGGGGAACAUAGGCCUCCUAAUGCAUUACACGCCGUUCCACCAGAAAAAUCAACUGAAGGAACUUACAAACCACAUGAAGGGUAUUUGCAUAGGUCACAGGCAUCAUUAAGUCCUCCCAAGAAGUCUGCGGAGGAGUUGAACAUUAGUUAUAAUUUGGAUGUUCCAAUGCAUGCAUUUGAUGAUUCGGGAGCCCCAAAAUCAGUUGAAGACAGUGAAGGUGAAGCUGAAAAAUCCAUCACAUCAGAAGUCAGAGAUAUUCCAAAACCGGAUGAAGAAAUUAAUUCAGAAUCUAGCAAGCAGUCUGAGAGAAAUUCAUUGAAUACUCCUGAGCAGUCUGCAAAGGAGUUGAACUUUGUUUGUACUAUGGAUGAUCCAGUAGUUCACAUGAAUAGUGGUGCAGUUGAAAAAUCCAUCGAGCAGGACGUUAAGCACCUUUCAAAACCAGACGAGGGAAGUAAUUUAGAAUCUAGCAACCAUAUUGAGAGCAAGUCAUCAAAUUCUAUCGGGAUGCCUGCAAAGAAAGUUAACAUUCCUUACUAUGUAGAUGAUCCUGUAGUCCAAAUAAAUGUUUCUAUGAUAGACAUGAAAUCAAGUGAAGAUAGGGAUAGAAUUGAAAAAUACAUUGAGCAAGAAGUUUUAGUGGACUUGGCAAAACGAGAUGAGGAAAGUACAUCAGAAAUGGACAAGUAUACUGAAAGCAAUUCUGAUAUGCCUCCAGCUAAUCAACCCAUCAUUGAGUCAAUAAUGCCAACUGCAGAAGAUAAGAAUUCUAAUGAAGCUAAAGACAGCUCGAUACCAUCUCAAGAUGGUAAAGAGGAGAAAAUUACCACAGAAGUUCAAGUUUCUGGGGUAGACCGGAGUUCUAAUGAUCCCUCUACAUCAGGAAAACAGCCAGAAAUGACUGUGGAACAAAUUUCUAAUGUUUCAAGUUCAUCUUCAUCUCCAAAGUCUGUUUUACCAGAAAGGAUCCUAUUAGAUCAAUCACCGUCAAAUCUCAAUCAACAGAUGCACAUAGCAGUUUCAGAAUCUGAUAUGGAGGAGAGGAUAGUAAGAAACAAGUUGCUGGAUGAGCAAGUACUUGAAAAUUUAGCUCUCACUGCACCUCAAAAUGUACAUCAUGUAACACAUCAUCCAUCUAUUGACAGCAAGUACGAAAAAUCUGAGGAAUCGGAAAAACCUCCAAGGGAAUUUACGCAAGAUGCUAAUGGCAACUCAGGAUCCAAAGAUUUGACAGAACACAGAACUGCAGCUAACCCACCAGAACCUACUGUUGAUCAUGUAGACAUGCCUGUCACUACUGCAGGAGGAGAGGCUCUCCUGCAGAACUCUACAUCAAUUAAUUAUGCAAUAGCCAAUGGCAUGGUGAGCAUGGAAAAGCAUGAGCUUGUUAAUGGUGGUGAAGGUGAACCCCGAAGAUUAGAUGAAAACAAAGACACUACAGAACUAUCAAAAGCUAGCGAGGAUCCCAUCUCUGUAUCUGUCAAAGAUGCCAAACCUGAAUCAAGAAACAUGACUGAGGAUGCAGGUAACUUUGUCCAAUUGCAGCCGGCAAGCAUCGAAUCGAACAGUUGACAAGUUAACAAAGCUGAAAAUUAAAGCCUUAACAUAUCAAUUAUGAAUCGGCAUGCAGAUGAAAUUAUGGCUAUUGUAUAUUUGCACGGUAUAGCAAAUUCUUUAUAGGUACCCAGUCAUCACAGCGAGCUUUACCAUCACUACAAUGAUCCGGUGAUGGGCAUUUUCCCUUUCCUUUUUUCUCAUCAUUUUGUAAUAAAAUAAAGAGAAAGUUGUGUAUCAUAUCAAAAUUUUGAGA